GUUGCGACCACUCGAUGUCGAAUUUAUGAAGAGGAUUCACAACAAGGUCAACAUCGUGCCCUUGAUAUCAAAGGCCGACACGCUGACGCCCAGUGAAAUCAGGAAAUUAAAAGAAAAGAUUCUUCAGGAGAUUCAGAAGCACCAGAUCUCGAUCUACACGUUUCCAGAAUGCGACGAAGGAGGCCAUUCCAUUCGCUGUGAUCGGGAGCAACACGGUGGUAGAGGUGAAUGGGAAGAAGGUGAGGGGGAGAUUGUACCCGUGGGGCAUCGUAGAGGUGGACAACCCACGACACUGCGACUUCACACGACUGCGCACGAUGCUGAUUAGCACCCACAUGCACGAUCUGAAGGACAUGACGCAGGACGUUCACUAUGAGAACUACAGGUCCCGGUGCAUCAGCAACAUCACUGCACAGACCACCCGCGAACGAACCAAAUUAAAGAGGGAUUCCUGUAACUUUGAGGCCAUGUCAGAUGCAGACCGCCUGCUGCGUGAGAAAGACGAGGAGAUCGCUCGCAUGCAACAGAUGCUCUCCCAGAUGGCAGCACAGAUGCACCGCGGCACGAUGAACGGUCACAAGUGAGUCACAAGGUCACAAGGGGUCGGCAGCCAUCUUGACUCCUGCGAGUCACACUGCCCAGAGUCACACUGCCCAUCGUCGACUUGACAUCAGCCUGUCAACUUGACAUCAACAUGUGAUCCAGUUAGAUUCACCGACAAACCGGAGGACGCCUGAUUGGCAGUCCGAACGCCUGGGGGCAGAUAUCCCCACCCCCAUAGAAUUGUAUAUACAAUACAUAACAUGAUCAAUGGCGGUCACUUUCCCAGAACACCACCCGCACGUGGCUUUGCCCACCCUCGGGCAAAAUGGAUUAGCUACGCUCCUACUAUCAGUGAUAGUCUAUCACUAUGAUAAAUACACGGUUACCGGGUUCCCACGAAGUGUGCGCGUAGUUGUUAAGGAACUGUUACUAUCGGAAGUAUGUAAGUGCUGCACUCUUGUGGAGAGUUUCACGUGCAAAUACGCGGAAUCGUUGCGUUAGUUAUUCGCGGCAGCAUUGCGUACGUUUGGACCAAGGAUCGCAUCUCCAUUAUUUAUUUUAAUAUUUCUAUACGAAAUAGAAUACGACGAAAAAUGUUACGAAAAACUUAAACGAAUGAACGGUUGACACCGCCGAAUAUUUUAUCGUAACUCGGUAGGAAUCCAGUCACAACCUCAUAAUUAUUAGUCUUCAACGUCCAUGCAAGGGACGAUAUCGAAGACGGAGAGGGAGACAAAGUUGAUCAAAUAGACACAAGGUCAACACUGCGGAUUUCAGUAGAGAAAGCUUCAAAUUUACUAACCCGAUGUAAAGAAAUGUAAAGUAUUCUUUCACGGAACGGUGUGUUUAUAGUGUACAAACAAAAGUCUUGCUUCGUGACGCUUUUGAGUGUGGAUGAAUGCACCACUCUACUUUACACGCGCAUGUACACACGGUAAUGUGGCGUCAACGACGGUAGCCUGCGUGCGUGCGUAGCCUGAGUGCGUGCAUGCGUGUGUGCGAGCUGUAUUAUAAUUCUUACGGUGUAUCGAUUUAUUAUUAUUGCGUUUGAUGGCAUACUAUUAUAGUGUGGAUAUAUUUCGGUUAUACGAUAUUAAUUUAUUA